AACGAAGGAGGAGGCAACAAGGCAUGGUAAAAACUAAAAAGUCCAAAUGAAAACAACAGUUCAAGCUUUGCAGUAACGUCAUCUCUCUACCAACAUUCAUUCCUGAGCUCAGCUGAGACACCGCAACACAGCCGCCACCGCCGCCUCACUUUCAAAUGGGUGCCUCGGAACAUGUGGUGGUUGAGAAAGAGAAAGAGAAUGAAACUGUAGCUGAAGCAAAGAAGGAGGAGAAAGACUUGGAGAAAGGGGGUGGUGUGGGUGUUGAAGAGAGAAAGUUUCAUAGUAAUAAUAAUAAUAAUGAUGUUAAUGAUCAUGAAGAAUCUCAUAUCUCAAGUUUCCACAGGUUGAACCCCACUAACCCUUUGAGAAUUGUGAUUAAUAGCUCCACCAGAGUCGCAACUCCUCCUCCUCCUGCUCAAUCUCAACGUUCUCACACCCACACGCGCUCCAUUCCAACCCCACAACAACAACAACCCGAACCCCAACCACAACCGGUGACACUGAAUUCGAGAAAAUACACCAACAGAAUAUCCUUGUUUCUUUUUGUUCUCCACAUGUUUUUAGCGGUUACGCUUGUGUUUUUUCUCGUGUUCAAGGGAGUUCAAGGGCUAAUCCAGGAAUCAGAAUCUAACAAGAGGAAAGAGAAAAACGUGUUAAAGUAUUUUCUUCCCCAAGUGGAGGCUGCAUCUUUUAUGAGCAUAAUUCUUGCAUUUAUUUGGCAAGGGGCGAUUAGGAAAUGGCCAACUUUUAUGCUUCAUUUCAUACUUUGGUUUACUUUUGUGGUGUCUCUGGCUGCUGGGAUUCUCCUAAUUUGCUUCCAAAAGCCCGCCACUGAUGGUGUUGGAGUGUGUUUCAUUGCUUUUGCAAUUGGGAAUGGCUUAUAUGCUUGUUGGGUAAGUCAUAGAAUUAAGUUUUGUUGUAAGGUAUUGAGUUUGUCUCUUCAACCUGUCUCCAAAUUCCCUGAUCUGAGCAAACCCACUUAUUAUGUGCUUGGGGCUGGAUUCUUGUGGAUAUCUCUAUGGAUUUUAGCAGUAAUUGGAGCAUUGAACUUCUAUUUUCCUCCUUUGGUCAUCAUUGCAUUGGUGCUGAGUUUGGCUUGGACUACUGAGGUCAUGAGGAAUGUUGUUAACAUCACUGUUAGUAGGGUUAUUGCCUUGUAUUACCUCAGAGGAAUGCAAUCUAGCACCCAAUUUUGCUUUCUGAGAGCCUUGACUCGGAAUCUUGGAAGUGCUUGUUUGGGGUCUCUCUUUGUGCCUGCAAUUGAAGCCCUGAGAAUUGUCGCCCGGGGGCUCAAUUUGCUUGAGGGAGAAGAUGAGUUCAUGUUUUGUUGUGCUCACUGUUGUUUAAGAGUCAUGGAAUCCAUUUUCAGAAAUGGCAAUGGCUGGGCAUAUGUACAGAUUGCAGCAUAUGGAAAAGGUUUUGUAAAGGCAUCCCAGGACACUUGGGCCCUAUUUGAGAAAGAAGAUAUGGUGUCAAUUGUAGAUGCUGAUAUAACCAGCUCAAUUUGCUUCCUCACAGGAGUUUGCAGCGGCUCUCUUUGUGUCAUUGUUGUGGCUGCUUGGACCUACAAAGUACACCAAACUUUCACAGCCACCCUAUCCCUCCUCACAUUCUUCAUUGGAUACCUUUUGACUAGGAUUGCCAUGGCAGUGCCUCAUGCCUGUGUGAGUUGUUAUUAUGUAUGCUAUGCUGAGACUCCGGAGAAUAGAUUGUUUGAUAAAACAAUUAAGGAUCGUCAGGCCUUGUUAAAAACUGGCCGUGAUGUGGUUCCUACGCCAAGGGGAAUUAGGAGGUAUACAAGGACCUAAUUGCAUCUUUAUUUUUGAUUGAUUUUACACCUAUUCAGGACAUGGUUUAUGUCCAAAAGGGUUAAAAUUGAAAUCCAUGGUGGCUGGCUGAGGUGGUGGUUUGUUGAGAAUGAUCUGGCGAGGUUGAGCCAUUAUUGGAAUGGAAGAAAUGUGAAGGAUAAUCAACAUGGCCACUACAGAAAGUGACUUUUGUUGUGGUCCCCCACCUCCUUGUAGUGUUUUGUAUAUUUUUUGCAUAUAUACUUUUAGGAUAUUCUAUAAGGUGAAGUCCCAUCAUUAUUUUAUUGCAAGAUGUGCGUAGAAGCCACUAACUUUUUUUAUUUAAUUAUUCUUGAAAGCGUUUAACGACAAAAAAAUAAAACAAAAUUGAGUCGUUGCGUGCUGAUC